AACGCAACCAGGGAAGGCAGUGCUGUGCUGCCAGCUGCUCUCGCUGAACAUAGACCGAAACAUAAAAUUUCAAAUGGGAUUGAAAGAUUACUACACCUGGACAUAUCCAAACAUACCGGAGCAUGUGGCCCAAGAUCUGGACAAGCUCGGCCGGUCGCUCGUGGUCGUUGGAAUUAUCGGCCGAUCACGAUGCGGGCUGGCAAACAAACUGCGAGCCUUUCGGAUGGAACCUCCUGGAGACCAUAAACCUGCCGACGGGCAGUUUCAGUGCUACUAUAAGCCAGGCACCUCCGCUUUGCUGCUGCACUUCGAAACGACCUUCGACGAUGCGAUAUUGGGCCAGCAGAUAGAUGAAUCCAUGGAACAGGACGGGGCCUCGUUUGACUUUGAUGACUUCUACGAGCGGAUGAAGUGCCGAUUCUUGCGUAUGAUGCUACUGGCGCUACACGUCUGCCACAUUGUAGUCUACAUAGAGACGGGUCAGACCUUUGACCUCUCUCUGGUGACCAUUUUGCAGCUCAUGAAGUUCGCCAGAGAACAGCAUUUGAUGCAGUUUCUGCCCAGUCUGUUGAAGGAGACCCCUGCUGGGGCACUGCUUGGCGAGAAGUGCCGCCUGUGCACCCCAAGGAUUCUGUUCCUGUUCGAGAACUUUCCCCAAGACGAUGCCACGACCAAGGAGUGCGUGUCCGCCUGCGAGUUCCAAACGGAGGACAGCAUCUACGAGUUUCUGCGCCACAAUCAGAUAAUCACCAACAGCAGUUCAAGCGCUCUGCUGGCUCUGCCCAACAAUAAGCAAUUUGUCUUCUACAAUGCCCACGAACAGCUCGAUGCGGACAGGCUACUGCAGUCCAUUGCAUUGCUAAACUUGGAGAUGCACAAGGUGGAUGUCAAGGAAGAGGAUGAUGAUCUGGAAGUGCUUGAGCUGGCACCCUUCGAGGGCUUUGUCAAGACUUAUGGAGAGUCCUUCGAGAAGAUAGAUUACGAGGAGCAGCAGUACAAGGCAGAGCACACUGCCUGGAACUUUCUGCAGCGGCACAUCCAAGACGCGCUGCUUGGCUGCUUCGACGAGGGUUCCUUCAAGCAGGUGCCCCAAAAAGGACAGCUGCAGUUGCUCAGCGCGCACGAGUGGCACGAUUGCAUGGUGGAGUUGCACAAGUUGCUGGUGCCAAAACAGGAAUGCCACAACGAGAUCCGCAACGAGGAUUAUCGCCUCUUUCUGCAGACCUUCGAUGAGAGCCUCAACUAUGAGAAGAAAUUCUGGACGCACCUGUGCGAGAUUGGCCUCAAGCAUGGCAUUGCCGCAUACAAAAAGGCUGCGCCAGCCAUUUACGGCAGCUCAAUGCACCAGCAACUGCUUGCCGAUGCCAUCAUCGUCUUUGAGGAGGGGGGACGCGGCCCACCAGCUGAGGCAGCCAUAGCCAAAAUGUCGGAAAUUUGUCUCAGGCACUGGCAGGACGGCAGGCAGCAGUGUGAGCAGCUCAGCCUGCGAUCGCAGCCGUGCACACAGCCCAGGGAUAUGCCACAUGACAAGCACAGCAGUGGCGUGAUUCACGUUUCCAGCUGCAAUUGCGGCAGGACACAGGGCAGGCGGGAGGAUCCGUUCAGCCUGCAGCAGGCCAACUACGAGUUCUACGAGCACAUGGCCAAAAUGUGCAAUCUUUGCGGGAAGGUGAAGCAGUUCAAGUUUCCCAUCUUCGAACCGUCCAACAAUGACUAUCGGGCAGCGGCAUUUGAGGUUGCAUUUCCCCUGCUGCAUGCCGAGAGGAAGAAUGCAGAACUGGAGCCGGAGGAAGAGGAUGAAGAGCUGCCCUCAGGAGAUGAAGAGGAGCAGCAGCAUAUCACAGAGAGCAAUGGCUGCUCUCAGCCAUUGUCCCCGACCUUUGGUUCGGAUUUGAACAUGUCCAUAGCUGGCUUUGGCGUCUCGCUGAACGAAUCAGAGCCGUGCUUCGAGCAGGAAGCGGACUCCACCUCUGAAGCGGAAUCCAGCAGCAGCGCCACCUCCAGCGUUGAGUCGAACAACGAGCUGGUGCUGCAGCUGAAGGAGCCCGCCAAGAAGCAAGAGGAACCCAGCGAGGAGUCCACCUCGACCCCCUCUUUGACCUCCACCACGGAAUAUCUGCCUGGACUGGUGCACACCUUGAGUAAAGUUGGACUUCUGCCGCUGUUUCCCAGCUGGUCGCUGGCCUGUGUCGGUCCCAGUUCUAUUUACAGCCACAACACGGGCCUGCAGGAGCACUUCCAGAGCGGAUUUCUCUCCGGCGCCAACUUCCUGCUGCCGUGGGACGUCCAACUCAGGCUCGUCCAUGCACCCAAGCACUAUCACAAUUCCCAUCAGCCACACAUGAGCAAGAGGCAGCAAAGAUAUCGCAAACACGGCGACCGCAUGGUGCUGAAGAUCUUCGUGGGCUUCGAGUACGAGUGCUCGCGCGGCCACCGCUUUAUGAUGUGCCGACCGGAUCGUGUGCUGCGCGGCGGUGCUGACAUCGAGCGGGAUACCUGCUGCAAGAUGGUGCACACCAACAUGCCCCUGUACUAUCCCUGUCCCUGCCGUUCCCAAAAGAAUUAUCUCGCCCAGCUAAUGCGGAUCCAUGUGGUCACGCCCAAGGCGCCGGUCAACAUCAUUGUGGAUCCCAAAGUGUGCAUGGGCAAGGACAAGUACACGUUUACGUUGGGCAGCCUGGUGCCACCGCGAUUAUCGCAGAGCGCCUACUGGAUUCUGCGUCUUCCUUAUGUCUACCAAGGCGACGAUGCGCUGAUUGCACCGCCGGAGAAACUGGAACCGGAGGAGAUGAUGGCUGGCGGCUAUCUGCUGGCGGGCAUGUUUGGCAUUGCCGAAACGGAUCCAACGCUGGACUUGAACGAUCAGGGAUCAGCCAGUGGGCUGGGAACUUUUACGAGAAUUUAAAGAGAAUAAAAUGCAAUUUUCACGCUUUGUGUUUUUCAGUAA